AUGUUCUCAACACUUACGCCAAGUACAAUUGACGAUAUUCUUCGGCAAUCUGCUGCCAUAUUUCCGUCUCCACAAAAUCUCACCAAUCAAGGUGUUGCUGCUAAUUUUGCACACGUAUUUGAUCCAUUUUAUCAACAUCAACAACAACAUCAAAUACAUCAUCUUCACAAUCACAAUAAUUCACAUAUGUCAAAUCAUCAUACAAAUAAUAAUGGAGCAAAUCAAAUUCAACAACCAACUACAACCACAGGUAUUCCUUUUUUAUUAAACAAAAAUCUAGAUUUUUUUGUAGUGAGGGAACAUUUUUGUGUGUUUGUGGUUUAUGUCAAAUCAAAAUUUGAAUCGGUUUUUGAAACUUCAAAUCUGAUCUGUGUUGUGAUCUCUAAAUAGAAAAUAUUGGGAAAUUUAGAAUUAUGGUUUUGUUUUUUCUUAAAUUAUCGAUUCGGAUCUGACAAAUCUAACUAUGUGUUUGAAACCCAAAAUUUCAGAAUUUCUAAAAAAAGGGGCUUUUUUAAAGUCGAUUCGGCCAGGCUCGACGUCAGAAAAUCAAAAUUAAUCUUUUUGUUCGAACAUUCGAAACUGUCAUUUUUUUGAAUAUAUCUGAAUUUGAACUCAAUUUUAACUGAUAAAAUAUUCUCUUAACGAUCUGUAAUUUUUUUCGGAAAUUACCAAAUUAAACAUUUUUCAAAACUCCUGUUCCCGAAACAAAAAUAUCAAAUUUCCAGUGACAUUUUCUCCCAAAAUUCCGCUUACUGACUACAAAAACUACAGUAAUAAAUAUUCGUGGUUCCUCUAUUUAAAAAAAAACAUAAAAUGCGUCUUUAUCUUCAUAAGUUCAUCGAAAUCAUCAAAUACUACAAAAACACAAAAAGAUUAUCGUAAAAUGAUGAUAUUUCAACUACAAAAUACACAAUAUUUCGUGUUUUGAAUCAAAUUGUUACAGGACAUGGAAGAGGUCGACGAAAAACAUCAACAAUCAAUUUGAUAUGCGUUGUUUGUGGAGAUCAAGCAUUUGGUAAACAUUACGGAGUUAACGCCUGUAAUGGUUGUAAAGGAUUCUUUCGAAGAAGGUUUGUUGUGAUCACAAAAACAAAAUAUAAACAGAAUGGAAUAAAUAAAUAAUCGGCAAAAAGAAGAGGAAUUGUACAAAUCUUUUUCUAGCCUACAUUUUUAUUAAACACUGUCUCCGACGUAUCUUUUUGUUCUCUCUUUUCUCGAAAUCAUUUUUCGACAAAGUCACGUUCAAGGGAUUUCCGGAUUCAAAAAACAUGGAAACUUUUAAAUCAGAAAAAGAAAACCAUGUUUGUUUUUGAAAACCCCAACAGGAUUCAAAAGACUUCAAAAACUUCCUUCAUACCAUUGUAAAUUUCAGUGUUUGGAAUAAUCGUCAAUAUCUUUGCCGUUUUGAUGGCAGAUGUGCAAUUGCAAAAGAACAUCGAAAUGUAUGCCGUGCUUGUCGUCUCAAACAAUGUUUCGUUGCUGGAAUGAAUCCAAGAGCAGUUCAAUCAGAACGAGAACAAAGAGGUGGAUCCGAGCAAAAUGGGCAAGAAAUGGAAGAUGAUGAUUAUGGACAAAUGUCACCGGAUACAUGUUCAGUUGAAAGUCAAACUGAAGAUAUGAAAAUGGAUCAAAAUAAUAUUCCACUUCCAAAUAUGGAUGCUGAAUUAGCGAGAUGUUCAGAACAACUUGUUGAUAUGCAUCGAGCUGUUUGUUCAUACAUCGAUCCGAUUCCGGAUAUUUUUAUGAGUUCAAAUGAACCAGCUGAAUCUACUAAAGUUUCAUUUAUGAAUGCGUUUUAUAAUCCAUCAUUGAUGUCGCCAAGAACACAGGUAUCAUUUUUUUUCCAAUUUAAAUAAUUUUCCGCCUUCUUUCUCAACAAAAAAAAGAACCCCGACUGAUAUCCAACAUCAAAUCUUGAUUUUUGCAGCUUCGAACAACCGGAGAGCGAAUUGCUACAGUAAAAGAUGUGAUGGAAGAAUGGAGAAGAAAUUUUGUAUUAUUCUCUGAUUGGCUUCGAUCACUUCCAGAAUUCGACAGAAUGGAAAUUCCUGAUCAAAUUUGUUUGGCAAAAAAUCGUUUCGGUCCAUUUCAUUGGUGGCUUUGUGCAAAUUGGAGUGUUUCUGCAAAUUGUGACGGUGUUUGUUAUACAAAUGGAUCAUAUUUUCCUUCAAAAUCUGAUCAACAAUGUCUUCCUGAUGUUCGUGGUUCAACAAAAAGAAUGAUUGAUUCAUUAAGUAUUCCAAUUCGAGAAUUGGAUUUGGAUGAAACUGAAAUUGUUUUGAUGUUGGCUGUAAUUGUAUUUAGUGAUGAACUUGCUGAAUUAUCACAAAAAGGAAAAGAACAUGUUAGAAUUGUUGGAAAUAAUUUUUUGAAAAUGUUGCAUCAUCAUAUUCGCGCAAAAGAUAGUUCUGAACAACAGAAAAUCAAAUGUGAAGACCCUUCAAAUCCAGCCGAAUCACAAGCUGCAAUUCGAAUCGGAAAAAUGAUGAUUCUUCUAUCAGCAACUACAGUAAGCCUAAUUUAUUCUAUUUUUAGAAUUUUUUUUUACAAAUUCAAAUGUUUUCAGCAUCUUGUUCAUUUGACAUCUGACAAUAUUCAACUCAAUGACGUGUUCCAUCUAAUUCCUCUCGAAUUUAUGUCAAAUGAAGUUCAAUUAAUUCAAGAAUCCUAUCAGAAAAUCUGA